UUGAGUCCUUCUGUGAAGCUAUCAUAGAGAUUUGUGGUGAUAUUUCCAUUGGAUCCUGCGACCCUGUCUCAUUAAUAGCCGAAUUAGCAAAUAGUAUUCGAGGCACUUUUGAUGAUAGAUAUGCUCACAACUGGUCAAG